CAUGCCAGUCAGAAGCCUAUGAAGGAACCCCCAGCCCCCCACCAAAGCUAAAGAUGAGUCACUGGAGCCUGGUGACGGGCAGGAUGAAGGAGCUGCUGGAGCCAGUGGUGAACAGGACCAGAGACAGGUGGCAGUGGUUCUGGAGCCCCAGCACCUUCCGGGGCUUCAUGCAGACGUACUAUGACGACCACCUCAGGGACCUGGGUCCGCGCACCAAGGCCUGGCUCCUCAAAUCCAAAGAAAGCCUCUUGAACAAGACCCACAGCCUGUGCCCCAGGAUUGUCUGUGGGGACAAGGACCAGGGUUAAAAUAUUCAUAAAAGCCAGGUGUGGUUGUGGCGGGUGCCUGUAGUCCCAGCGACUCAGGAGGCUGAGGUGGAAGGAUGGCUUGAGCCCAGGAGUCCGAGACCAGCCUGGGCAACACAGCGAGAUCCCUUGGGGGGAAACAAAAAGAAAUAAUAAAAGUUCAUACUUCUCCAAUAAAUAAAGUCUCACCUGUGUCCCUGUCUGGAUCCUUCCCCAGUGUGGCCAGAAGAAAACCCACCCCACCCCCUCCCAGGAAUUAAUGAGUAGAAGAGGUGACACCUGAUGGGGAAGGGAGAGUUGGGGGAUAGGGAAGGGUAUCAAGGGAUAACACCCUAUUGUGGGUUUGUGGAGAAUGGGGGACUUCGAGGCGCACCAGUUUCAGGAGGGUGAGGGCAGGAGUGCAGGUGGAGUCAGCAGGUCCCCAUGAUGGCCCUCAUUGAGAACUUCGCCCUUGUCUCCCACAAGCUCUGACUCCAUUCCCAGUGGGCACCCAGCACCUCCAACCCCUCCACAGCCCCCAAGCCAGCCUCUGUCAGAGGCAAAUUCUCAGAGUGAGGGUUCCCUGUCACUUGAGUGAAGAUUCCCUGUGGUGUGACCUUGGGGGACGUCAUUGCCCUUUCUGUCCCCAUCCACCCCCUCAGCGGUUCUGUUGGCCAGGACUUUGGCCUAGACAAAGGAUGGGGGUGGUGGCUGUGGAGCGGAAGUGGGUCUCAAACGCUAUAAAGCCUCUCUAUGCCUGUCCGGAGCUGGUGAGGACAGCCUGCGAGUCUGGUCUCCCGACACCAUGGGCACACGAUUCCUCCUGGCUCUGUGUCUCGUCCUCCUGGUACUGGGAUUCGAGGUCCAGGGGACCCAACUCCCCAAGCAAGAUGAGCCGCCCAGCCCGGCCUUGCUCAGCCAGGUGCAGGAAUCUCUCUCCAGUUACUGGGAGUCAGCAAAGGCAGCCGCCCAGAAGCUGUACGAGAAGACAUACCUGCCUGCUGUAGACGAGAAACUCAGGUAG